UUUUUUCUCUCUCAGCGAUUUUGUGCUCCACACAAUGACCAUGUAGAGUGAGCGGAGGAAACUGCUCAGUUCCAGACUUCGCCACCCAGUUCCCCAGGACGUGGCUAAAGAAAGCAUCUCACUGAACAGAGAGAGAAAGAGAGCGAGCGUGACUGACUGACUCAUAUUACUACAGGCAGACACACGAAGAACAACACUGUUUGAACAGGCUCAGAGAAGCAAGAAGGAAUCUCUUCUCCGCUUAAGAAAGGUUUGUAGCAGCUGCUGUGAAUUGAGACAGAGAAAAGGAGCAAAUCUGUAAACUUGGGAGGAAAGUCCGAAUCAGUGGACUAUUGGAAAUCUUGAAGUUGCUUCAGCAUGGCUCUCUCGACCCCACAGAAUGGAGUGGACGCACACAAGGAUCCUUUGAUAGAGUUGUUUGUUAAGGCUGGAAGUGAUGGAGAAAGCAUUGGUAAUUGUCCAUUUUCUCAACGACUGUUCAUGAUCUUGUGGCUGAAAGGUGUGGUCUUCAAUGUCACAACAGUUGAUCUGAAGAGGAAACCUGCUGACCUGCAAAAUCUGGCUCCGGGAACACAUCCCCCAUUCAUAACCUUCAAUGGAGAAGUGAAAACUGAUGUCAAUAAGAUUGAGGAAUUCCUUGAGGAUAUCCUGGCUCCACCCAAGUACAUGAAGCUUGGCACAAAGCACCCAGAGUCCAACACAGCUGGGAAUGAUAUCUUUGCAAAGUUCUCAGCCUACAUCAAGAACUCUAAGCCAGAAGCUAAUGAAGCUCUGGAGAAAGGCCUGCUGAAAACACUGCAGAAGCUGGAUGAGUAUUUGAACACACCCCUCCCUGAAGAGAUUGACGCUGACAGCAUGGAUGAUGUCAAGGCUUCCAGCCGCAAGUUUCUGGAUGGAAAUGAGAUGACGCUAGCAGACUGCAAUCUGCUGCCGAAGCUUCACAUUGUCAAGGUUGUAGCAAAGAAAUACCGGAACUUCGAUAUUCCCAAAUCCAUGACGGGAAUCUGGCGAUACCUGCAGAAUGCUUACACCAGGGAUGAGUUCACAAAUACUUGUCCUGGAGACAAAGAAAUUGAAAUUGCUUAUGCAGAUGUAGCAAAACGCCUCACCAAGUGAUGAUGGACAAGGCCAGCACCAAGCAUUCACUAACAGAAAAGCUUUUGUUAACAGACUACGCUUUACUUUUAUUGCAUGGUUUUGCAAGUUGUCAGAUAUUUUAUAUUUUCCAUUGGAUUAUAACUUCAGGUAUCUCAGUUCUUACUUUUUUAUAUAUAUAUAUAAAAUAUAUUUUAGGAAGGGUUUUCAAGGUUCAGUAAAACUAAGCAAGCAGUUGUCCAAGUGAGCAGAAGCACUUGGCAAUUGAUAUCCAUCAGAUGUUGACGACUUGAUAUUGAAAGAAAAGAUGUUAUAGAGACCUGUGCCUUUAAGAUCUUAUGCUGUGAAAGGUCAUUCUAUAAAUAUAUGAAACGUAGCAAAAGAAAAUUGCUCAGUUUUAAUCAUAUUUACACACAGGUAUCACAAAUGUAUUUUAGCUUCAAAUAAUAACAGACUAAAGUUGCCUUCUUGGUUAGUAUCACGUUGAUUAACAGGACCUAAAUGUAAGUGUGACCAUAUAGUCAGCAAGUAACCUUGAAAGCCCUAGUUUUAGGUAUUAUGAAACAAAUACACAUACAAACACUGAACAUAAUAAGUUACAGUAUUCCGCUGAACAGUUUUAUCAUUGUAUUUAUAAUGCUGCAAUAAUCCUCAAAUCCUUGACUGCUUAAUCAUAAGUAAAAUUUUCCCAUUUUCCGUAUUGUUAAACUUCAUUCCAAACUAUUGAUACAUUUUUAUCAUUUCCUUUUGUUUUAUAGACAUCUUGAUAAGUUAACAAAAGAAUCACUUUGCCCUGUAUUCAUAUUAUUGAGAGAAGAGUGGCUGAGCAAGAGAUUAAACAAAAUCAACACUGAAGUAAAAAUUGUGAUUAGUGGCUGUAGCGGACAAUGCAAUAGCCAGUUUUAUAGAAUUUUUUUAUAAGUUUUUGUUAAGUGGACAUUCUUGUUCUUACACAGAUACGCAAGCUCAAGACAAUAAAUCUGGAUUAAUAGCUCUCCCUAUGGUUUUGUGUAAUUUAAAAAGACAUUGAGUGGUUCAUUUGAAUACUUAAGGAAAAGGCAAGACUAGUUUUACUGAGUGAAUAGCUUCAUGUGCAACAUGUCAAUAUACAGAAAGAGAUGAUGCCACUUGUAUCCUGGAUUUUCUCAAGGGAAAGAAGCAAUCUUUUAUAAAUAGUGCAGUUGUGCACAGUUGCUCCACAGAACACUUAGAAUCAGAAAAUUCUGACACAUGAAUUUUCAAACUUGUCUUGCAAUUCUUUGCCAAUUCCUCCUCCUACAAUUUAUCAGUAACAGAAUGCUAAAUCAAGGAGUCAGUGGCAGUCUAUGUCUGAGUUAUGCUCAAUUCAUGACUGAUAUUCAGUUUACAAUGAAGAAGAACACUUCCACUGAUGAUUGAGCAACAAGACAAUUACAUCGUUGCUGUAGAAUGCAAUAUACCUGACAAUCUAUAGGGUACUCAUUUAUUAGUCACUUGGUAAUGCUGUUGUGAUUUAUGAAAGAUAUAUGUACAACCUGAAGUUAUCCCUUGAUUUAAGGCCAUUCAUCAGUGGCAUUUGAAGGAUUUUGUAUGAAGAUAAAGCUGCCAUUUUUCAUAACUAGUAAUUAAGUUGCAUUUUCAACCACAUUAUUCAUCUCCUAAUGGUGGCAGAAUUACAAGUGAUUAAAAAAGAACAAAAUUACUUCAGUUCAGAUAUUACAGGUAAAAGCGAUUGUUGCAUCAUUAUAAAAAAAAACACUUUUUUGAAAUACAGGGACAGUGAAGUUACACCACAUUGGUUUUAAUAUACAAGUUUUCACAUUUCUGACUGAAGAAAUGAAAUCACUUUUAAAAGCCA